CGCCGGGGCGGGGGUUAGGGAAGAAGCAAGAGGGGGGGGAGGGGGUGGGGGACGGGGAUAAGAAGGGGCGGGAAAGGGGGGAUGUAGUGCUGGAACCGAUUGGUGUCGCGGUCAAGGAGGAUAGAGCGGGUAUUGGGCAUGCCGCCGAGAUGAAACGGAAGCUGCAGGAGGAGGCGGGCGCGGCGGGGAGGACGACGAAACGGGUAGAGGUUGAUCCUGAGGACUUUAGGGACCGCGUUAGGGUCGAGAGGGAGGAGAAGCGGUUCCAGGCGCAGUUCUAUGCUGCGCAGAAGGUGGCUGAGAAGCUGGACAUGGCCAGGGACUAUGGCGUCGAGGAGGUCGAUAUUGGCAAGGCGAGGGAGAUCCCGCUGAGGAGUAUCAAUGUCCUGUGGCGGGGGCUGGUCAAGCAUCGCGAGGAGAAGGAGCAGGAGAGGAGGAUGAGAUACGAUAUGGAGCAGGGACUGGGGCAGCCGCGAUUGCCCGGUUACCAUAGGAUGCACGAGCUCGACGAGGUGGAUAAAAUCGCGCUGGGUGUGAAACCGGGGAUACUGGGAGAGAAGGGCAAGAUCUUUGAGGAGGAUGGAGGAGGGGACGGGCUGGAGGACGAAGACGAGGAGCUGAAAGAGUUUGAGCAGCUGCCGUUCGAGGAGAAGUUGGAUAUGAUCGUCCGGCAUUUGCGAGAUGUACACAAGUACUGCUUCUGGUGCAAGUGGCAGUACGAAGACGACGAAAUGGAGGGCUGUCCCGGCACGGAUGAGGCUUCGCAUGGUUAGAGGAAUAUACUUUUCAGAUCAUGUAGAAUCCGGAGUGUACGGUAUUGGUCAGGAGUCAUAGCAAGCUCAUGGACAACGUAAUAUGCGGUCCAUUGGCCUUACGAGGUUUGCAGCGGAUCAAGGGCUGGGAUUUAGAAGAACG